AAUUCCAAUUUCAACUGAAAACCAGAGUUGAUGACCAGAAUUUGUAGCUUCAAAACUCUCUCAAUGAGGAAAAAAAUAAAAAUUUGGAAUAUCUAUACACGAGGGACUAAUUGAUCGGAUGUUGCUGUCGUCGCUGCCGGCUCUCCAUGUUAACUAGGUUAAACUAGUUUCCCAUGUAAAAACAGUGAAGACUCCAAUUAAAAACAUAGAAAUUAAUUUACAAAAAUUGGACGAAAUAAGUGCAAUUUAAACAUCUGGAUGAAAAUAAUGUCAAUUGUUAAAACAGUGCGGCAUAUGCUCCAAUACUAUUGAGAACCACUGCGCUGAGCCUGACUCCCAUUUUUUUUUAAUUUUUCUGAGAAAAUGGAGAAAAAAUAAAUAAAUGUCAAUUUUUCAAAGUUGACAGGAAAUCCUACUAAAGUUGAUCUAAUAUUUUGCAUAAUGAGUUCAACUGCCAGUGAAGCUCCAUUAGAGCUGCCCUUCGGACCGCCCCCAAUCCUCUCGGACAUUCGAGACGAAUUGAAGGAGUACAUAGAGUGUCCAGAGAGACUGCCAAUCCACCAGGUGGAGAAUGUCCAGCUCUACUGGCCCCGCGAGCCCCAGAUCCUGGCCCUCCUGGAAUUCGACUUAUCGCCUGUGGGAACAACCCUGAAGUUCGACAGAGAUCCCAUCACAGGUCGGAUCUCCCAGAUGCGAGAGGAUGUUCUCCAAGGGGCUGGGGAGAAUGCCAAGAAUUCCAUGUCCAUGACCCGAGCGCCUGGCCCUCCCAUGGAGGGUGUUCAAGGCAAUUCCAGCAACUUCCCCUUCUGGCCGGGUGGUUUCGAGGAGCCCGAGGCCCCUAGAAGCGCCCCAACAGCCAAGGACCUGGACUUCGAGAACAACCUGCGAACCCUGGCGCGAGGAUUCCGCUCAAGUGUCGAGUUCGCCCCCGACAACUUCACGGUGAAGACCGCCAGCAAAGAGGACGACCCAUCAGGCCAAAAGAAGAAGAAAAAGGGAAAAGACAACUCGAACAACUCAAAGCCCCUGGAGAAGGUGAACCUGAUGGCGAUGGUGCACGACGAGGAGAACCACCUGGGCCUGUGGUCCGAGCCCUCCCCAGAGGACCUGAACUCCACCAAAGACGUGAUCGAGGACUCAGCCAUCGAGAGCCUCGACGUCCUGAACUUCGACGAGUCCAUUCCUGUGCUCAAGCUGACAGAGAAACCGAAGAGCAUGGCGAGACAGGCGGAGUGGGCAGAGCAGCUCGACGUCUCAGUCCCAGUAGUAGACUUCGAGAAGAAGGUGCCAAAGCCAGCGAUAACCUUUGACUACGAAUUGGACACCUUCCAGAAGCAGGCGAUAAUAAAACUCGAGGAGGGCUGCAACGUCUUCGUGGCAGCCCACACAUCCGCAGGGAAAACGACAGUCGCUGAGUACGCGAUAGCCCUCUCCCAGCGUCACAUGACGAGAGUAAUCUACACAUCACCAAUAAAGGCCCUGUCCAACCAGAAGUACCGGGACUUCAAGCGAAACAGGCACUUCGAGAGUGUUGGACUGGUGACAGGUGACAUGCAGAUCAACCAGACAGCCAACUGUCUCAUAAUGACGACUGAGAUCCUCCAGACAAUGCUGUACAACGCCUCGGAAGUUCUUCGAGACCUGGAGUACGUGAUCUUCGACGAGGUUCACUACAUCAACGACGAGCACCGAGGGCACGUCUGGGAGGAGAUCGUCAUCCUCCUCCCCCCAAACGUCAACAUCGUGAUGCUGUCAGCAACAGUGCCAAACCCCCUGAUCUUCGCCAACUGGGUGGGCAACAUCAAGAAGAGGAGAAUGUACGUGAUAAGUACUUUGAAGCGUCCAGUUCCCCUGAAGCACUAUCUCUACGCUGGGACUGAUGGUAAGACCAGGAACGACAGGUUCCUGGUGCUCGAUGGGGACGGACAGUUCAACCUCGACAACUGGUACAAGAUCAAGACCCUGAAGGACGGCAAAUCGAAGAAUAAGAAUGCACCGGUGAGGAACAACAACAGGAGACAGCAGCUGAAUCCCAAGCAGGAGAAGACAAUGUGGGAGGCCUUCAUAGCUCAUCUGAGGGAGCACGACAAGCUGCCAGUGGUGAUAUUCACAUUGUCCAGGAACAGGUGUGACGCCAAUGCUAAUGCUCUUGUCUCGGUGAACCUCACCACUGAAACGGAGAAGGGGCACGUGAGGGCUUUCUUCAAGAAGUGCAUCAAGAGGCUGAAUGAGUCUGACCAGCAGCUGCCCCAGGUCAGGCGCAUGGCUGGGCUCCUCGAGAGGGGGAUUGGUGUUCAUCACAGUGGGAUCCUCCCCAUCCUCAAGGAGAUUAUUGAACUGCUGUUUCAGAAUGGAGUUGUUAAACUGCUGUUUGCCACUGAGACAUUCGCCAUGGGUAUCAACAUGCCAGCGAGAACAGUUGUCUUCGAUUCUAUUCGGAAAUUCGAUGGGAAGCAGUUUCGGGGGCUUCUGCCGACCGAGUACAUUCAGAUGGCUGGAAGGGCUGGACGGCGGGGUCACGAUAAAGUGGGAACUGUCAUUUUAAUGUGCAAGACUGAAGUCCCAGCUGUUGUUGAUCUCAAGGCGAUGAUGUGCGGGGAGCCCCAGCAUCUUCAGUCUCAAUUCAAGAUCACUUACUCGAUGGUUCUCAAUCUGCGAAGGGUCAGCGAGUCUGUCAGCAUCGAGGAGAUGAUGAGGAGGUCCUUCAAGGAGCUGUCAUUCACUGCUGACAAGAACAAGCGGCUGACUGAACUCAACGAGAUCGAUGAGGCGCUCGCCAAACUGCCACAGGAGAACGAUGUUCAGAAGCAAUUGUCCAAGUUCUACAGGCUGGGGAUGGAGUAUGUGGAGGAGUGGAAGUACCUCUGUGCUCAUUUAUUCUCGACUAAGAAGGUCUCGAAGGCACUCAUCCCUGGGAGAGUCCUCAUUAUCUCCCACAGGCAUCAUUACAGGAAGCUAGCAGUUCUCCUCAAGAUCAGUCAGAAGAGGGAGAUCACUGAAUAUGCUGUCCUGGUUCUCAGCGAUUCGUCGGAGUCCAGGCUGAAGGAUAAACCUGAGAAUUGGUACAAGAUAAUAGCACUCACCAAGAGGAAUAUUUUCGUGCCUGAGGGGGUGCCCUCCCACGAAUUUCUCUGCAUUCAGGCUGAAAGCAUCUUGGAGAUAACGAACUGCUGCAUCAAAGCUGAUCCUGCCAGGGUUUAUGAUGACUGCGUCAAGAGGCAGAUCUCCAGGUUCCAGAAUGAUCCACCGGGGCAGACGUGUCAGCUGGCCAUUCAGCAGUUGAAUACACUGUCUCUGAUGGCCCUCACGAGGCCUGUUGUCCUCCAGCCUUAUCUGGAGGCGUCCGUUUCUCAUCCUGAGUUGAUCAAGAGGACUCAGUACCUCACGAAACUCCAGCAUCAGAUCCAGGAUGUCAAGGUGACUGAGAUGCCGAAUCUUGGGGAGCAUUUUGAGGAGGUCUUUGCGAAGAAUGAGCUCGAGAGGAGGAGGAGGGAUCUCCAGUUUCAACUCAGUGAUGAGAGCAUGGCUCUUUAUCCUGAGUAUGUUAACAGGGUCGAUGUGCUCAAGAAGCUGGGGUACAUCGACACUGAUGACAGGGUCACGCUGAAGGGGAGAGUGGCGCUUGAUAUGGGGACUCAUGAGCUUCUUAUCACUGAACUUAUAUACAGGAACAUCUUGACGAAUCUGCAACCUGCGGAGAUCGCCGCCCUUAUUUCUGCUCUGGUUUUUCAGGGAAAGUCUGACUCCAGGGACAAGCAGAUCCCUGAUCUUAAGCUGCCGAUUCUUAAGGAUAAUUGCAGAAUCAUUGAGGAGGUGAGGUCAGACAUCGAGAGAACUGAGAUGGCUUAUGGGGUGGACCCUGUUGAGCCUCUGAGCUUUGGACUUGUUGAGGUGGUUUAUGAGUGGGCUAGGGCUGAGUCCUUCGCGAAGAUCAUGGAGCUGACUGAUGUGCAGGAGGGAAUUAUCGUCAGGUGCAUUCAACAGUUGAACGAUACUCUACAGGACAUUAAGACUGCUGCCCACAGGAUCGGGGAGACUGUUCUGAAGGAGAAGAUGGAGGAGGCUUCCACUGCUAUCAAGAGGGAUAUCGUUUUCACAGCUUCCUUGUAUACUCAAGACUAAUUUUUUGGAAUUCAAUUUUUUUAGAAGACAAUGGGGAAUGGCGUCAUUGGAUUUAUAAUCAUGUCCAUUGCACCUGAAUUGAAAAUACUUUCUUGCUUUUCCUUAUAAGAGUGCAGACUUCAUUUGUACAAUUGAACAAUUUGCACAUAUUUGAUAAUUAGAACCCAUUAAUCUUUUGAUUAUGGAAAAUCAUUGAAUUUAUUCAGAAAAUAGAAUCAGAAAAUAUUUAUUUAUUUUUUCGAACGCCAAUGAUCAGUUGUUUUUUUUUUUAUUAUGGAAAUGGGGGUUCAAUUUGUAAAAUAAGAAAAAAGAAAAAACACGAAAUCAGUGGGGGAAUUAAUCAACUUAAAUUUGAACCAUCUGUCGAUGGAAAUGUUUAGAGUCCAUCAAUUUUUUGUUUUUGAUGGAAAAUCAUUGAAUUAAUUGAGCCUGAGACGGUUUGAAAAGAAGAAAUAAAAGAGUUUCAACUUCAAUUAACAAGAAUAACUUGAGAGAUAAAACUCUCUCGUAUUUAUAAAUUGUUUUUUAAAAGGAAAAUUAAUAUUAUUGCUUUCAUCAUCAUGUUGUUGAAAUGCACCUGAAUUGAAAAAAUAUCUAGUUUUUUUUAUUAUGAAAUUGGGGUUUUUAUUUUUUUUUUAAAUACGAAGUCAGUAAAGGACUUAAUCAACUUAAAUUUGAAGUAUCUAUCUCUUUUUGAUGGAAAAUCAUUGAAUUAAUUGAACUUGAGACAGUCUCAACGGAAGAAAUAAAAGGGCUUCAAUUUCAAAAAUUGCUUUGUAAGUUGAAAAUUUCUGGUAUCUAUGAAUUAUUUUACCCGAGGGGAGAGGAGAAUGAUGCCAUUGCAUUCAUAAUCAUGUUAUUUAAUAAACCUGAAUUGAAAAUAUUUAAUUUUUUUCUUACAAAAGUGAGGAUUUUAUUUGUACAAUAGAACCAUUCGUACAAUAAAUAACCAUUAUCCAUUAAUCCUCUGAUUUUUGUGGAAAAUCGUUGAAUUCGAACAGAAAAUUGAGAACGCUCAUGUUCAGAGCUUCUUUUUAAACUCAACAUUAAAUUUUUCUCUUUAUCAAUUACUUUUUCAAGCAAAAACGACAACAAGUUCGUCCACUGCAUUUAUUAUCUAAUGAAAAUGAGUUGUAAAGGAAUUGUAACUCAUUGUUUCUACGGAAAAGGAAAAAAUACGUAACUAAAUGAAUGAAUAAACGUUUUUAUAACAUA